UGUGAUUCAACAAUGAAUAUGUUGUCCGUCCGUUCGCAGUCUUUUAAUUUGUUUAUUUAAAUAAUUGGUGCUGCGAAUGCAUAUUAUAAACCUAACAUAAAACGAGUACUUAGCUCCAGAUAGUGGAACUCUUAAAGUGACUUUUUAAAUUCGAUUACAGUUUAACGGAUGCGCGCAGACGACAAGUGGUUGAAUGAGUUUGAAUGUUUGACUUCAUCGUUUGGUUAUACGAUUCGCGCAUAGUGUUUACGAAAAGUGUUUGGUGUAGACAAUGUGAUUACAACGCUAAUUACAACUCCAGUGAUAGAAUUGAACUUAAGUUGUUGGGUUCAUUGUAUGACAAUCUUAGACAAAAACAAAACCUAUAUCACUACUACAUGCCUACGCAUUCAUGUAAAAAUCUUUUAAUAUUAAAAUGAUUUAAUAAGAAAGAAAAAAUCGUCUAAUGUGUAUUUAAUAACGUUGUUGCGUAUAGCAUGUGGAUUGUGGAUUAUACACUCGUCUAUACACUCGUCUAUAUUCCCAUAUCCACCCACUGACAUUACUUGCGAAUAAAAAUAUUUCUAUAAGAUUACCAGCACAUUAAUAUGGAUUUCUUUAAAUUGUUGGAAGUAGUAUGCAGGAUAUAUCACGCGAGGAAUUCAGUCUGAUGAAUGGAGGAUGUGAUAAGGAAUCAACUCGCAUAACUUGUAAUGAAUCCCCACUGGACAAUAUAAAAUUAGGACGAAUUCCCGAUCACGAACCAGUGUCAAUUAAAAUUGAAGAACCAGACAUUUACUCCUGGAACUCUAGCACGGACAUUGGAUCGAAUUUGCUACGACAUUCAGAUGAUCCGUUGAUAUCGGGCGGUGCCAUUGAUGAUACCCAAAAUGAAUUCAAUCCAAUCACCAAUUGUGACACAGCUGAACUAUCCCCAAUUGUACCGAAGAAAAAGUCAACACGAACUCGUCGCAAGGGCCAAUUCAAAUUGCGAUUCCAUCAUCAGGCUCUGCCACAGGAAUAUUUGGAUCACUAUGAAGCAUCGCAGAUUAAUCUGCAGAAGAAGGAAGUCGAGCAAAAUAAAAGAAUCACAGACAUGGAAGCGAAUGAUCAUUUGAAGGCGGUCCGGACGCACGAGUCGGUGCGAAAUUGGCUACAAAAAAUUUCGGAAUACCAGACCAAAUCGGCCUCAUCGCCGCCACCACCAAAACCAGAGAUUCCAAACGAAAUUGCUACCAAUGCGGGUCAAUCAAAUAAAAAAGCCGCACGAGUCGUUAGUUACAACGAUUUGCCGUACAUGGGCGAGAUGACGUUAGAUAAUUCGAAACCGAGACGAGGCAGGAAACCAAAGAAAGCGGACAUAUGUCACCUAAUUUAUAAAAAUUACGGCACGAUAUUGCCAGGAACGCCGAAAGACCAGCAUGUGAAAAAUUGUGAUAAGACCGUAAGCACUGUACCGGCUGAUCUAAAGAAAGCGGAAACACAGACGAAAAUUAUGAGCAGCCUUUUAGAGAAGCGGCUAACGCAUGAGAGCAAAAGACUUAGUCCGUCCAUUGUAAGUGAUGACAAUUUGAAUGUUGUCCGAGAUGCAAAGCAUCAGAUUGAACCACUAAACUUAUGCCUAAGGGAUCGUUCGGACACUUUGACACUGUCAAGUGAUGACGAAAGCGAUACCCUAUUGGGCUCGACGAAAACGUCCCCAUUAAUUUCUCCCACACCGUCCGAAACUGAUGCAUUUUUAGCAGCUAAUUUAAAGACAUCAUUGCUGAGUGACACAAAGCCUCCGGGUAAUCAACCAGAAAUUUCCGAAACUGCAUCAACCAUCGGAAGUGAUGGUCAGAAUUCCGGUUAUGUAUUCUGGCCACCAGCUGGCGUUUUUAUUCAUCCAAUGGCACUGUAUUACCAAAAAAUGGUCGAUUCGGGAAAGUCUUUGGUUGCAACUACGAACACUACCACCACUCCGACAACACCUUCCACAGUCAGUUCCACUCCAUCACCGAUGCUAGCGGAAAGUCCUUCAGUGACCCCGAAAAGUGAACCGUCCGUAAAAAUUCUUAUUCCCAAGAAUAUCAGCGAUAUGCUAAAGCAAGAACCAAGUACAACAACCACCGCCGAUAUUGCGUCCCACUCAUCGAAAAGUACAACUCCAGUUCCACAGAAAAGAAAGCGCUCGGCAAUUUUUAUACCACCUAUGCCGUUGGAAACCUCAUCUAGUCAUGCAACAGAAGUGAGCAUUUGUAAAUUCAAAUUUACUGGUGGCGCAAAGCCGUCUCUGCAAGAGAAGAAAAUGCUUUCCGUUGAUUCGGGCGGUAAUUUUCGUUACUACAGUGGUACUGGCGACAAGUCAAUGCGUGGAUAUGAAUUCUUUCCACGGGAAAGUCUUCAGCAAUCAAGUCUAUUGACUGACUCCAGUUCUGGUGCCUUCUUGAACACUCCCGGCGAGAAAAUAUCGCUCGAUUUACCACCACCCUCUCACGGUUUAAGCAACGAACUACUUCAAAUCCCCGAAAUACUCAAUCCAAACGUAAGCGUCAUUGUACCUCCACCCACAUCUGUGCAACGCGUCGGACAUUCGAGUGUGCGAAAGAAGCGAAAAUCAAGACGUUCCGUUCAGCGAGAAAAUUUAGAGAAAACGUUCAAGGAAAAGGGAUUUCUCAUACAAACACAGCAGCUGGAAUCCGCCGAAGGUGCUACAUACUGCAAAUUUAGACAAUUACGAAAAUUUACCAGAUAUCUGUUUCGCAGUUGGAAAGAUUAUCUGCCAGGCGAAUUACAGUCGGAACAGGCGACUGGCAAUGAUGCACAAGGGGCUACCUCGCAAAGCAGAAUGAUUGCCAGUCCAGCAACGACACCAUGUCUAGAGCAGAGUUCCAGUUCAAUGGAAUGACCAAAGUGCAUUUGAAGAAAAUUUUGUUCAAAUUGUAAAUAAGUUUUGUCCGUUUUGUUCUCUCUCUCUCUCUCUCUCUCUCUCUCUCUCUCUCUCUCUCUAUCUCUCCUAAUUUAUAUUCAUGUAAUUUAUCAUUUUAUGUAAAUUUGGGCGUAUGAGUUUUGUUGGUAGUGUGAGGUAUUAGGUGGGUGGGUGGGUUGAUUUGUAUAAAAGUGUGUGAACAAAAAAGUCUCGACUGAUUUCUUAACUUUGUUAAUAAACUUUUAGAUUUCGAAUUGCUUUGUAUACAAACGAAAACAAAAACGAAGAUAACUAAAGUGCGGCGAAGGAUGUAUUAUAUAAUGUAAAAUAAUGUAAUGGGAGUAUCAAGAGCUUUAGCAGCAUUAGAGCUUUGAAAAUAAACGUAUUAUUACUAAUUUAAAAAAAAAAA